AUGUCGAAACUAAUUCGUGGCAAUGAAUUGGAACUAGCUAUAAGUGUUGGAUUGUCAUUGAAUGUAAAUGAACAUUGUGAACUUACUUAUCUUGCUACGGAGCUGUUGGCAAAGAGAUGUGAAAAGAUUAGUAUGUGGGAGCUGGCAGUUGAUUUGUUGAAGACGAUCCCUGUCAGUGAACUACCUCUGGUGAAAAUAUGUGCAAGAUGUACUGGAAGUAUGUCAGAAAUUAAUGAUUUACAUGCAAAGGCAGGACUUCCCAAUAUGGAGGAGUGCUUAUUUAAAGCUGAGUCUUGUCAUGAUAAUAUCUUAGAAGCCAUCAAAUAUUUUAUUCUGUCUCCAAGUCCUGAGUUGGCCUUGGAUGUUGGGCUGCCUGAAAUCAAAGCUAAAAUGAGUAAAACGACAUGGAAAGUACAUGACGUGAAGUUGUUAUUAGAUUUGCUGUCAAGUAUACGAACAGAUAAACUAAAACAACAGAAGUGUGCAAGAUUAUUUUGUACCAGAGAUUCCGUUGAUUUGCUGUUUUCAGAAAAACAAAUCAAUGCAGAACUUGAUGCAUGGAGAGCACAUAAACUACCAAUUGUAAAUAGCUCUGUUUGUCAUAACAAACAAAACCCAAGCGAAGAACAGAAACGGUUAUAUGCAACCAUCCUAGAGAGAACUGAAUCAUUGACAUGCAGUGUUGGUAUUGGCUGUGAUUUAGUGACAGGAUCUCACCUCCCAAGCCAUUCUGAUGUGCAUUCAUCGUAUCUAACAGGCAAUCGAAUUCAGGGCCCGGCGUUUUUCUUGGAAGAUGGUAGACAAGCUAUAUCAUUAAACGAUGCGCUCAUGUGGGCGAAGGUGAACCCAUUCUCUCCAUUGGGUUCAGGGGCUCUAAUCAAUCCAUUUUAGGUUAAAUCAAACCCAUCAGGAAAUAGUCCAAUCUUAAUUUCUGUACCAAACCCAGAUCAUCAGCAAUUAAGAAAUUGUCUGAACUUUAAAUUCAACCAUGGUGCCAAC